AGUGAGCAAAUACAAGAUCACCACAUACACCGGGAACAAGAGGGGGGCAGGGACGGACGCCAAUGUUUUCGUCACACUGUUUGGUGAAGCAGGGGAUUCUGGGGAGAGGAGACUGGAUAACUCCAAAAACAACUUUGAAAGGGGAAGGUAAGUGUCAAAAAGUUCUUGUCACUUUCUUGGACAGCAGAAUAAGUUGUGGUUGGGGUGAUGAUAUGUAAUCCAAUGGAUGACACCUUUAUGAUCGAGUGUCCUAACCUGGGUCUGAUGAGAAAGAUCAGGAUAGGACAUGAUAACAAAGGUUCCAGCGCAGGAUGGUUCUUAGACAAAGUUAUAGUGGAUGAUGUACAGCUGAGUCGUGUGUAUGAGUUCCCCUGUAACCGCUGGUUUGCUAAAGACGAAGACGACGGACAGAUUCAGAGAGAUCUGCUAUUAACUGGACAGAGAGGAGGCUACCCUUACCAAGUAAGAGUAGAGACUGGGGAUGUGCGUAACGCUGGAACGAGUGCCCGUGUAUUCAUUGAAAUGAGGGGAGUUGAUGGAGAAGAGACGAGUGGGAAAAUCUACCUGGACGGGAAGUUCCAGCGAGGGAAGACUGACGCCCUUGACAUUGAGACUGGGUCCAUAUUGAGUCCACUGUCGAAGAUCGUCAUUGGCCAUGACAACUCUGGCAGUAGACCUGGGUGGUACUGUGAAAAGGUUUAAGUGCACUGCCCCUCUACUGGAUACGAGCAGACGUUCCUGUGUCAGAACUGGCUGGCUCUAGAUGAGGGGGACGGACUCAUUGAGAGGGAACUGAGGGAAACCAUCUCCAUGAGACAAACUAAGACUAAAAAGGUUGCGUGGAACAUGACAGUGUGGACGACAGACCAGCGAGGAGCAGGUACGGAUGCUAACGUGUACUUUGUGCUGUACGGAGACAAGGGGAAGUCUGACGACAUCUCCAUUGGCAACAAGACUGAUAACUUUGAGGCAGGACAGGAAGACAAUUUCAAGGUUGAAAUAGAAGAUGUUGGGAAGCCAUACAAGAUAAGGAUUGGCCAUGAUGACUCUGGAUCAUUUGCAGGAUGGCAUCUGGACAAGGUUGAGAUGGAAAGAGUGGACACAGGUGAGGUGUACCUGUACAAGUGUGGCCGCUGGCUGGACAAGGGGGAGGAUGACGGACAGAUUGUGAGGGAGAUGCCAGCUGAAGGGAAACUCAUCAAGAAGCCUCUGCCUGUUGUCCUGUACGACGUGGAAGUGCACACUGGGAAAAAGAGAAAUGCUGGGAAUGCAAAUGUUUUUGUCUGUCUGUUUGGUGAGCUGGGAGACACGGGAGAGAGACCCCUGCUCAAGUCUAGCAACAUGGACAAGUUUGAGAAAGGAAAGGUUGAUGAGUUCCAAGUGGAGGCUGUGACUUUGAAGAAGGUGACCAAGGUCAGGAUAGGGCAUGAUGGGACUGGGUCAGGAUUGGGGUGGUAUCUGGACAAGGUGGUCAUCAGAGAACAUGGUAAGAUCAAGGAGCUUAUAUAUAAGCUCCUUGGUAAGAUGAAGUCAGAGAUGAUCUUCGCCUGUGACCGCUGGUUGGACAAAGGGGAAGACGAUGGUUUGAUUGUCCGAGAUCUUCUUCCAGAGGGGACACCUCAGCUGCUUGCAACCACGUCCUACCACGUCUCAGUCAAGACUGGCGAAGAGCGGAAUGCAGGAACAGAUGCUGAUGUCUUCCUCAAGAUCUUUGGUGCAAAGGGCGACACAGGUCUACUCAAACUCUACCAGUCCGACAACACAAGCAACAAGUUUGAGAGAGACAGAACAGACUUGUUCAAACUAGAGGCAGCAGACAUUGGCCAGAUUGAAAGGAUCCGUAUUGGUCAUGACGACUCUGGCCCAGGGUCAGGAUGGUUUCUUGAUAAAGUUGACAUCGAUGUUCCAUCACGUGGUGAGCGCUACAUGUUCUCCUGCCACCGCUGGUUGGCGUCUGACGAGGGUGAUGAGAAGACGGAGGUUGAGCUGUACCCAACAGAGCUCAUAAAAGGGGUCGUCCCAAUCUCCAUAAUACGGGUGGAACCAGGGAUUCCAUAUGAAGUAGACAUCUACACAGGUGACAUCAGAGGGGCGGGGACAGACGCAAAUGUCUUCCUGCAGAUCUAUGGAACAAAGGGGAAGACAGAAGAGGUUCAGCUCAGGAAUAGGACAGACAACUUUGAACGGGAGGCAGUGGACAAGUUUAAGGCUCGCUCCCCGCACACAAAGCGCCGCUGUGGCUGUCCGCAUGAGGCCGGAGCAGAGAUGACCAUGGCCAAGGAUCGCGCCGAGAGCCUGGCCAGUCUGGAUAACCUGGACAUCAGCGCUAAAGUGCAGCACUGCGGGCUGCUGCUCAAGCGGCCUUUCGGCCACGCGAGCUCGCGAUGGCAGAAAAGGUUCUUCAUCGUUAAGGAAGGAUUCCUGCUGUACUAUGCAGAGGCAGAGAAGAAAAACUUUGAGAGAAGAAGACAGUUUAACAUCCACCCAAAGGGAGUGAUCCCCCUGGGGGACUGUACCAUUCUGCCUGCAGAGGAGGCGGGGCAGCCGUUCACCAUACAUAUCAACCAUGAGGACUUCAGUCAAACCGUUGCCUUGGCAACCGACAGUGAACCCGACAGGGACAAGUGGGUGGAGAUCCUGCAGAGCUCAGGCAGAGUGACCUGGAAGAAUGCCCAGCUGGGAGAAGCCAUGAUCCAGACACUGGAGCAGCAGGGCCUGCAGAUGGCUAAGGAGAAACAGGAGUACAUCAACCAGAUCCACACUCAGGUGCACGAACUAUGCAACGAGAGGGAAGAGAAGGAGGAGUUGGAGAGAAUAACCAAGGAGCUGGAGGAGGAGAAGAGGAAGGUGGAGAAGGUGGCGGAGCAGCUCCGGACGGAGCAGGAGAACGUCAGAACAGAGUUGGACCAGACUGUAGAAGCUCUGAAGACAAUAGAAGAUGAGAAACUGUCUCUCCACACAACAACGUCCGACCUGCAGCACAGACUACAGUUCCUUGCAGACGAGAAGGAGAAGAUCUUGGCAGAGGUUGAGGAGAAGGAGAGGCUGACCCAGAAGCUGGCGGAUGAGAACACUUCCUUAGCUCGGACAACCGACUCCUUCAAGGGCACGCUCAAGGACAUCGAGGACAAGAUGCGGAGUAUCGAACAGGAGAAGGAAGAAGCUGCGCAAAGGUUGUUGGAGAAGGAGGAGUUAGCUCGGCAGCUGGAGAGGGAGAAGGACUCCUACUCCGUUCAGGCACAGGAACUCCAGUCUUCUCUCGACGACUUGAGUGCGCAAAAAGAGAUGACAGAGUCAGAACUUAGAGAAGCGGCUGCGGCAGGCGGAGGACGCGCUGGAGCGGCUGGACCUGGCGCUGAGGGACCUCAUCAGCGAGCAGAAGGCUGCAAACGGCAACCGCAGCAGUCAGAUGGUCGCCGACGUCGGCAGUCUCAAGAAGUUUUUUGAGGAGUGCGCCCAGGAGGCAAGGGUGGAUGCAGACAAGCCCGUCAUCAUGAAGAACGCUCUCCACGCACGCAAGAACUACGUCCGCAAGGCCGCCACCAUCCGCUUCAAGAGGACCAAGUCUACCAGCAGCGCCAGUGCCUCCUCCUCCAGACACAAGGGUCCGUUCAGCCCCUGCUCGGCAAGCCGGGCAGCUCGUAUGGUGACCUCUGACCCCCAGCUGAGGCACAGCAUGAUCGGAACCCUGGCGGAGGUGGAGAGGGACCUGCAGGUCAUGUACAAGGACCAAGUGUAACAGCGCCUUCUAGCAACCGUGUUGGGUACUGCAAGUACAGUAGAACAGCAUGGAAUAUUUCCUUCAUAUUGUCAGUUUCUGUACAGAACAAAAUAUGUGUAGUUGUCAUCCUCAACAAGUAGUUAUGACUGAUCUAGUUACAAAUAGUUGAAUAGUGAUUAUGUAAAUGAGGUAUUUAAUUGGAUUAAGAGUAAUGCAAAACAAUUACAUUUAUAAUCAAGAAAGUUAUUUCGCAAGAGAUUUUAUGUUUGAAAGGCAAAAGCCACAAAAGACAUAUCCUUAUGUGGAUCUGGAAAAAAAUUAUUCAGGAAGGUACUAGGGUGUUUUAGAUUCAAUGUCAUAUCUUUAUGUAUUCUAUCACUUUUUAUGUAUGUACACUUGAUGUUUUAUUUCUUUUAUGGGGAAGUGCAAAAUGAUAAGCUAGGAAAGCUUGCAGGUUUGUGUAGUAGAAAUCUGCUUUCUGAUGGAAAAAAAGGUGCAAAUUUUACAUUCAUGUGUUGUAGCUUUGUAGGUAUGCCCACGUGAUAUCUUUGUAGGAAAUGCAUUUAGUUUUGUAUAGCAGGGUGGGGAAAUUACCCUAGCAGGCAAGGCUGGUACUGCAGGCUGUAAGGCUUGAACCUUUGUGAAUUUAUGACAGCAACAAUUUUGACUAGGCUUUCUUGUGCCUUGGCAGGCAUUACAAACGCUGGGAAUCAUACCAAAACUCGUAGGUCUCCAAAGUUAACUUUGAUCACAGCAAAGAAACUU